AUGGAUCAACAACUAAUUUUGGAUGUUAUUGAGCUUGUCUCCUCCGAUGAUGAAAGUGUUGUUGGAACCAGCAAACCAGCAAUACCUGAUAUUAAUGAAAAAAUAAAUUUAAGUAGAAUAAAUUACAUACAGUCGAAUCGUCAAAAUAUUAUAUUUCCAGGGUACAAUAGACAGGUUUUUGCAGAACUAGUGAAUUAUAUUUCAAAGAAACAAAAAAAUGAUCAACUACAAUGUAAUCAUUCUUUUUAUUGUACAAUGGGAACUUUAUUAAGAGUAUUUAAUCCACUUCUAUGGAUGUCGGAUUGUACUAUGGAACAUUAUUUCAGUCUUUUAGCCAAAAGUUGUACGGAUCAAUUAAUACUGAGCUUACCACCAGUUUUUUUUCAGGAUCUAGUAAGAGGUGGGUUCGAUAAAGCUACAAAAUCAAUGGGAGCCACAAUAAAAAAUUUAUUUUUUUAUGAUAAGGUGAUUACUCCCACACACCUGGAGGGUAAUCACUGGACGUUUACAGUGGUUAAUAUUAAAAGUCGUAGCAUAACUUUAUACGAUAGUAUUAAAUCUAGUAUAUAUGAAGACCAAAUUAAUUUACUAGUCGAAUUUUUGAAUCAUGCAUACCUUAAAUAUGAGAAGCCGGUUGAUGAUCAACGAUUAGAAUGGUCAUUAAACUUUGGUGAAUCCCCGUUACAAAAUAAUACGUCUGAUUGUGGUGUAUUUACAUGCACAAAUGCCAGACAUGUUUUACUGGGAAAACCAUUAUACUACACCCAGGAUGAUGCCCCACUUUUACGCCACAGAAUCACGUAUGAAAUCUUGCAUAAUGUGUUGUUACCAACUCCGGAUAUUUCAUAA